ACAUAAGCCACUCAGACAAGCGACAAAAAACCUAAUGGCAUCUCUUGUGUUCUAACUGACAAUUAUCCACUUGGUGAGAAACCACAUCAUUAUACAACUCUUGAUCCCCUCGUCAUUCGCCUAAAGAAAGACGCAGAACGAGCAGCUGCAUAGAACUGACACAAUGCCCGCAAUGGAGACUCCUCAAAGCCAUGAAGAUCAGCAGCAGCAAUCACAAUCGCAGACGCAGAAUGCUUCUCAAGGCCAGGGAUCAAGUGGAGCUCAUGCUGUGGUAUACCGACCCACUGUCAAAGACAUGCAGAAUGACUCGGUUGCAACAUUGGCCGAGGCAUGGAACAAAUCAGACGAACUAGCGGAAUACGAUGCACAACUCAUUGAACGCGUUUAUCAGGAAGAGCUAGUCGGGACUCAAUUUAGCAUCACAAAACUGACUUUACUCGAAAUCAGUCAGUAUUUAGAGAAGUAUUUGUGGCGCCAUUAUGAUCCGGAUCAAUCUUCUACUGUACAUGUUCUUUCCAUCGUUCUGAUGGUUAACGAAAAGUUUAGAAGCAGAGUCGAGGCAUGGGGUACAUUCAAUGAGUCACCAGAGCACUUUUCAGCGUUUUUCGAGGAGGUGCUAAAGCUCUGUCUACAGGAUUCAGAGGAGGUCGAUCUUAGGAUGAGGCGUUACCUACUGAUCUUUAUGAUCAAUUGCUUUCAGAGUCUAGAAAACCCUCUUAUCAGAUCGGAAUGUAUGAGAUUGGUGUCCCUCUCAUCAUGGCAUUGCCUAGUCUCUUCUACUAAAAGAGAGCUUGAAUUCAAAGAGUAUCCGCAACUUCUCAAAUUUUGGAAGCACUUGGAAAAGAAGUUUGACGCCAUGGAUUCGGAGCAGCAGAAAAAGGCCGUUUUUGAGCGGACUUGGCUUAGUGAGAUGAUGAAGUAUUUUAUUAGAACUCUGGAAUCUAUUGAAGGAGGAGAUCAAGAAAAAAUUAUUUAUUGCGAGAGAUUCAUGGAGUUCUUAAUUGAUCUGGAAGCGCAAUUGCCAACGAGACGUUACUUCAACACCCUCAUCGACGAUCAUCAGAUUGUGGCUAUAUGUAAACUUUCGAAGCUUGCUAGGGAUAACGUUAAUGGGACACUUUUCUCGCAACUCUUGGAUAUUCUUGCCUUUUACGUCGGUUUUGAAAUCAACAGCCAUACCGGAUUGGCAUUAACUAGAGAAGAGAUGACAGAGGUUCAUGCCUCAAAGCUCUCAAAACUACAGCGUAUUGCAUUUUUACACUUUAAAGAUGAACUCAUCGAUUUGGCAAUGACCAAUCUACGUGCAAUCGAGGAUCGAGCUUCACUCUCAACACACUUUGAAAAACUUACUCAGGAGCAACUUGUCCAGCUCUGUCAAUUAUUGGACAUCCGGACAGUUAGCGUCACGGAUUCUUCUAAAGAGCAUUCAAGACACAUGUUGAUGGAGCUGCUGCUUCUUCAGUUUGAGAAACGCCAUAGCCAAAUUGAGCGGAUCAACGCUUUGCCGCUCUAUCCAGACGAGAAUGCAUUGUUUGAAGAUGCAGCAGUAAAAGAGGAGAUGUACAACACAGAUCGCCCAUUGGCUUUACCCAAACUCAAUCUCCAGUUCUUGACGUUACACGACUAUCUUCUCCGAAACUUCAACUUGUUCCGACUUGAAAGCAGUUACGAAAUUCGGCAAGACAUAGAAGAUGCUGUGAUGAGACUUGCUCCAAGAGCCGGUCCUGAUGGAGCAACAGUAUUCACUGGGUGGUCCAGAGUCGCAGCUCCGAUUAGUUACUUCAAAAUGGUGGAGCUCGCGAAGCCAAAUCUAGGCGAAGAUCGCUUAUCUUUGAUCACUGCAGACGUCACUUUCAAUGUAAGAAAAUACACAAAUGCUAUCCAGGCGGAAUGGGAAGCAAUCCGUGAACACGAUAUCCUGUUUCUGCUAACUAUUGAGGCGCAUGACGAUAUUGAUGAGCAAUGGGAUGGCAACAAGGUCUCUUUUCGCAAACAUUAUGGUCUCAAGUAUGUCCGUGGAUGUGAGGUAGUGAGUGUGAUUGGACCAAAUGGCCGGCCUUUUGAUUACAAGACGAGUGACCCUCAACUGAUUCAGGAUCAUCGUACGGGCAACACAAGAACCUUCCGAGUCGCAUUGGAUGCCAAUCAAUACAAGAUUGAUCAAGAGAAUACAAAGAAGAAUGGCAGUCCUGAUGUAUAUCAAACUUUUAACAUUGUACUCCGCAGAAAACCUCAGGAGAACAACUUUAAACCAGUGUUGGAGUCGAUCCGUGAUUUGAUGCAGAGUGAACUCAUAGUUCCCGAUUGGCUUCACGAUGUGUUUUUGGGAUAUGGAAACCCUAACAGCGCUCAUUAUUCACAAUUACAACGGCAAGUGCGUGAAAUUGACUUCAGAGAUACGUUUCUGGAUCUGGAUCAUCUGAAAGAGUCGUUUCCAGGCAUGAAGAUUAAGGCAAGGGAUGGAGAGGAGAGUGUGCUGGACGUACCGUUUGUUGUUAAGUUCCCUGAGACCAUCGAUACUGCGGCUUCUACAUCCAAGAAGAGGAAAGGUAACGAGAAGGUCAAGAAAGCCAGUGCGAGCCAUGAGCCAGAGCAGGCACAGGAUGAAUUGGUUGUAAGCACGUACAAGACCCCAAAUAUGGGUCCAUAUCCCGAAGAUAUUCCCAAUAGAAACCGUAUUCGCUUCACUCCCACGCAGGUCGAGGCAAUCAAAGCAGGUACCAAUCCAGGACUGACGUUGGUCGUGGGACCUCCUGGAACAGGAAAGACAGAUGUAGCCGUCCAGAUCAUUGCCAAUCUCUACAAUAACUUCCCCCAUCAACAUACGCUUUUGGUCACGCAUUCUAAUCAGGCUCUGAACCAACUUUUUGAAAAGAUCAUUGCUUUGGAUGUGGAUGAGCGUCAUUUGCUACGUCUCGGUCAUGGUGAAGAGGAAUUGAAUACAGAGUUGAGCUUCAGCAAGUACGGUCGUGUGACGUCAUUUUUGGAGAAACGUGUGAACCUCCUGGCAGAAGUUGAUCGUUUGGCACAGUCGUUAGCGAUUGGCGGUGAGCAUGGAUCAACGUGCGAGACUGCUGGCUACUUCAACUCGUACCAUGUUCUACCCUUGUGGAGGGAAUUUAUGCGCCAAGUGUACAGCAAGGAAGAGAGCGAGCGGACAGUGGAGUUAGUCAAGAAUCUAUUCCCAUACAGUGCCUAUUUCAGCAAUGCACCAACACCUUUAUUUUCAGAUACGACAACGUUCGAGGAUGCUAUGGAGGCUGCUCAAGGAUGCCAUCGUCAUCUGAGCAAGCUGUUUGAGCAAUUAGAGGAAGUCUCAGCAUUUGAACUGUUACGCACAAGCUAUGACCGCGCCAACUACUUGUUAACUAAGGAAGCCAAGAUCAUUGCCAUGACCUGUACACAUGCAGCUCUCAAACGACGAGAGCUUGUCAACCUUGGAUUCAAGUAUGACAACAUUGUUAUGGAAGAAGCAGCCCAGAUUUUGGAGGUGGAAACCUUCAUUCCUAUGCUGUUGCAGGAACCAGAAGAUGGAGUCAACCGGUUAAAGCGUGUCAUUCUAAUUGGUGAUCACAAUCAGUUACCACCUGUGGUUAAAAACACAUCCUUCCAGCAGUAUGGCAACAUGGAGCAGAGUAUGUUUACUCGCUUUGUCCGCCUGGGUGUCCCCACAAUCCAGCUGGAUGCCCAAGGUCGUGCCCGCUCUGAUAUGGCCGAUCUAUACAAGUGGCGAUACAAGCAACUGGGAGACCUACCCAACAUUACAGAGAGGGAGGAAUUCAAGUUUGCCAACCCAGGAUUCCUGUACGAUUAUCAGUUUGUGAAUGUGGAGAACUAUAAAGGUCAAGGAGAGAAUUCACCAAGGCCUCAUUUUAUCCAAAACUUGGGAGAGGCUGAGUAUGUUGUAGCGGUGUACCAAUACAUGCGUCUACUGGGUUAUCCGGCGGAGAAGAUCACGAUCUUGACGACGUACAAUGGUCAAAAAGACCUGAUACGUGAUGUUUUGGACAGGCGGUGCGGCUGGAAUCCGAUUUUUGGCAAGCCAGCACGCGUCACAACCGUUGACAAGUAUCAGGGCCAACAAAACGAUUAUGUGCUACUGUCACUUGUUAGGACGAAAGCGGUAGGACAUAUUCGUGAUGUGCGUCGUCUAAUUGUAGCGCUGUCUCGUGCCCGGUUAGGUCUGUAUAUCUUUGGCCGUCAGCGUUUGUUCGAGAAUUGUCAUGAGCUUGAGCCAGCGUUCAAACGACUCCUUCGACGUCCCACAAAGCUAUGGCUUAAGACUGGAGAAAUGUAUCCUAAUACGACUCGGCUCAUCAGUAACGAUACCAAGGCAGAAAAGGGCGAUAAUGAAGACAUGGAAGCUGAAGCUGAUGCUGAUGCUGAGGGUGGAGAAGGUGCCAAGAAGAAGAAGCAAAAGAAGAAAGCGGCCGCCAAGAAGAAGGACAAGGGUAAUAAGGGGGGUAAAGGCAUGGACGACGAGUCUGGUGAAACAUCAGGAUCAAGUAGCAACAACUAUGAGAUUGAGAAUGUUGGACAGUUUGGAGAGUAUAUUUUUGGAAUGAUGAAGGAGCAACAACAGUUUGCGCUACAACAGCAAAAGGCAUACAUGGAGAGUCUGCAACUUCCAUCGGAUGUCAUUCCGCAGAUUGAAGCUGCAGCUGAUCAUAAUAAGGAUAUAGAGAUGGCAGCUGAAAAUGAAGGAGGCCCAGAUGCUGCAGAGAAUGUGGCCAUGGAUGUGGAUAGCAAGUAGCUGUAAAGUGUAGUAAUGUGGUGAAAUUGACCCCC